GACCUGGGAAAGGGAAAAUAUAUAUAUAUAAAAUUAUAAAAAAAAAAGGAAAAAAAAAAGAUAGAGUAACAGAUACACCUUCUUCCCUUUCCUUCCCUUACGACUGCAAAAUCUUGAGGAGGAUAUAGAGAGACAGAGUUUUAGAGAGAGAGAUAUAAGUUUUAGAGAUGGCAGCGAACGCACCGUGCUGUGGGACUAUGUUCGCGUUGUAUGUGCUGAUAAUCAUAGGACUUGUGAUCUUCGCUGGUCUCAUGGCUGGUCUCACUCUUGGCCUCAUGUCUCUCGGCCUCGUCGACCUCGAAGUCCUCAUCAAGUCAGGCCGUCCCCAAGAUCGCUUCCACGCUUCUAAAAUAUUUCUGGUGGUAAAGAAUCAACAUCUUUUGCUAUGCACAUUCUUGAUUGGCAACGCUUUAGCAAUGGAGUCUCUUCCCAUAUUCUUGGACAAGCUUGUGACUCCAUGGACGGAAUAGAGAUAGAGUAACAGACACACCUUCGUUUCGAACUACCGUCCAUCAUCACUAGACCCAUUUCGCCGCCGUGCACUCCAUGCUCACCGUUGAAGACAUUUCCGUAGCCCGCUGGUAAGUUUUUCAGGCUGCAAGAUGGUUGUGACGAUGGAGAGAGUUUGGACGGAGUGUUCCCACUGCUAUUCCGUAUCGUCGUCCAUGUUGAGCUGCUCAAUCUGUCGCCGUCAAGACUCAAAACCAUGCCAUCAUCUUCACCAUCGCCGGCCCAUCAACCACCAGCCAUCUCCGUCGCUUCGAACUUGCUGUCCAUCAUCACCAUAGACCCACUUCGCCGGCGUGCACUCCAUGCUAACCUGUGAAGACAAUUCUGCCGGUAAGUUUGCCGGACACGUUAACCGUCCACUCAUGGUCAUAGCCUCCUGUUCUCGCCGUUCCAUGUUGCCUUGCAAUCACGUCAUCCAUCAUCACUAACGCCGGAACAAACCCACCCCAAUUUGGUGAUUGCCAGCAGCUAACCAUCACCGCUCGCCUCUGCGGAACAAACCCACCUCUUACUGGUUCAUUCCUUGGCUGCUGUUCCUUAAAUUUCAGCGUCAUCAGUGCCGACAUUUCUAGCUUCCCGCCGAGCAGCUCAUUCCACCAAUAAACUCUGGCAAUAGGAUUCAGUUUGUGUUUUGGAGACAUUUUGGUCAUCUCAGAUGGGUCUGUUAGGGUAGUUAAGUAAUUUUAUAUAUGAAAAUAAAAUAAGUACAAAAUCAAAAGGGUUUUAUAGUCAUUUUACACCUAAAAGUAACUGAAACAUUAAAUCACUCUUUCAAAUAUAACUAAAAAUUAAAACCAAAAUGUUCAUAUAGGUAUAAAAUGACCUAACCUCAAGGGGUUUGAGUGUAAUUUACCUUAAUUUUAUUACUCUUUGACAUAUUAAAUUAUUAAUUUAAUUAAAUAAUACAACCUUUUUUUAUUACUUAAAUACCAUUAGAUUAAAUAUGUAUAAAUGAUUUACGAACAAAAAAAAAAUAUAAAUGGGUUACCGGGUACAACCCAUUUGAAAAACCCAAAUUUUCUUUCUCCUCUCUCCUCUCUCUCCUCUUCUCUUUCCCCUCUCAAACCUUAAUCCAAACAAGCUGCCACUGCCUCUCCCUCGAACCCACCACCAAAUCUCUAGCCCUCUCCGCCCCUAAAUUGUCUCCAUCCCCAAAACCACCCACCAUUUAUGUAUAUUCACCAGAGCAACAACUGAAACGACGAGGAGCGGACUGAACCUAGAAGAGAUUUAAUUUACCAGCGAAUUAAGGCCGGACUGAACCUUGGGCAACAACGGAUUUUUUUUCCUUGAAGCUUGCAUGGAUGAGGAGAGUUGCGGCAGCAAGUCGUGAUUUUGGUUCUGGAAUCGCUGAUUCCAAUUUUUGGUGAUGUUAACGUUGCAGAAACGAACGCUGAUGGAACGAUGCUUUAAU